GACGUGCAACAAUUUUGUCAAAAUGCAGAACGAUUUCAUGGCUGCUGCUGUUCAAAGUCUCUUGAACAGUUCCUCUCAUUUCUAAGUCCAUGGCCUGAGAUUAGCAAUUACGGGGUAGUAGUAGCUAGCCAAGAAACAAUGACAGACCCCCUCGAUGACUCUCCACCGAGUACGAGCUCUGCAGUUUCUGCUGGGGAGGCCGUUAGUAGAGACAGAAUGGCGGCACUGGCUGACGACACGACAUUUGAGAUGGAGAUGGAGUCGUCGUUUCAAAUGGACAAAAUUCCACCACAAGCCCCUCCACCAAAUGGAACUCUUCCUUCAGAUUCAAAGGAGGGAGCUUUCACUUCGUCUUGCACCGUCUCAGAGAUGAGUGCAGGGUCAGGAAGCGUUAGACAGAGAAGACGAGUCAGGACUGUGGAUGAGAUGGAGGAUGGUUUUGUUUUCUUAGAAGCCACCACCCCAGAUAAUGAGAUUGAAGCUCAUAAGAUUACACAGAACUAUAUGUUUGGGUUUAAGAAAUGGAAGAGUCAUGUCACAAAGCGCCCUCUGGAUGAACGGUCGGACAUUGUGAAGACGCUUUAUGAACAACCAAAACAAGUUAAGCCAUCAGAAAAACACUCCACACUCUCUUUUGGAAACGUCUUCUAUGCAAUCUUUAUUGGAUGGUGGCUGUCUCUAAUCUACUUACUUGUUGCUCUUCUAAUGCUUAUUACAAUUGUUGGACGACACCAUGCAAAAUUUUGCGUCGCUUUAGCUCAAUACUUCCUGUGGCCAUUUGGGAAAUUUGUCAAAGAGAAGACGUAUUACGAACUGGAAGAUAGCGACGAUAAAAACGAAGAGGGACAAUUUCUCCUCGGAAACGAAAUCGGUAGCGAUUCUCACAGAGACUCAACCUAUUCCAACUCAUUGCCAUCCUAUGUAAAGAAAUCCAACAGUGAUUACUGGGACCAGGAGGAUGGUGCUCCCGUCAACUCCACCAAAAACAGGUUUAGAAGACUAGACAGCACGGGAACUUGGAAGCGACCGUCUACUUACGUUUGGCUCAUCUUAGGAUGUCCCUUGCUCAUCCUUGCUCAUUCCUUGGUGAUCGUCUUGACUUGGUUGGCUGUCAUCUUCAUCCCAAUCUCAAAGCUAAACAUGAUCGCUGUGAGGAAAGUUCUCCUCCUACCCCCAGAGAGGCUAAGAAUUAACAAGACGAGCACCUUCAAGAGCGAUGACCACACCCAUUCCUUUGAAGUCAUCAUGUGCUCCUAUCAAAGUGUGAACCUCUAUUAUUAUAAAUACACCGUUGAUGGAAUGAACGUUAUCCUCGUCAAUUUGCUGAUUUUUGUCGCAGUGACGAUUGUUCUUGGCUAUGCAGACGAAGAUAAUAAAGUGACUCAGCCCAUCGUGAAGUUUGUCAUGGGACUUCUUGCUAUCAUUCCUCUUGCUUACUACAUUGGAAUGGGAAUAACAAGCAUAUCGGCCCAGAGUUCCAAUGCAGUCGGUGCCGUUCUGAACGCAACGUUUGGAUCUAUUGUUGAGUUGAUUCUUUACGUCUCCAUGCUAGUCAAGAUGAAAGACGACACCAAGAUCUGUUACAAUACUCUGGUCAAGUCAGCGCUGGUCGGAACACUCCUGGUCACCAUGCUUUUUAUUCCGGGACUUAGCAUGGUUGUGGGUGGUAUCAAGCAUAGUGUGCAGAAGUUCAAUCUGAAGUCUGCUGCCGUCAGUUCUACUCUACUCUUCAUCUCUAUUGUUGGGAUGUUCUCCCCGUCCGUCUUCAACACUGUCUAUGGCCUCUUUGUCUGCCAGAACUGCACCCAGAAUAUGACGACUGGGAAUGAUCUCCAAUGCAGUGAAUGCAGUCAAACGUUUGAUCCAGACUCUAGUUUCUACACCUCCAAAGUGCGCCCUCUUGUGUACAUCUGUGCAGUUUUCCAGCUCUUAGCGUAUGUCGUUGGUCUCAUCUUCACCUUGAAGACUCAUUCUCACAUCAUUCAAGAACAACUCCACUUACCAGCGAGCUCUCAGGAGCAUGCCACGAUGCAUUGGGGUUGUAUAAAAAGCGCCGUCAUCCUACUAUUUGCGGUCGUGUUGAUGUCACUGUGUGCUGAGGUCGUAGUUCAAAACAUCCAACCAGUCCUUAUUAGUCUCAACCUUCCACAUAUUUUCUUUGGCGUCACAAUUCUUGCCAUCGUACCCGACAUCCCAGAGAUGGUAAACGGAGUUCAGUUUGCCCUGAAGAAUAACGUCAAUCUCAGCAUUGAGAUUGGGAGCUCAGUGGCCGUCCAAGUCACCCUUCUACAGGUUCCCAUAUUGAUAUUAGCUGAUGCUAUUUAUCCGUUACAUUUCUACAUGAUUUUCUCUGAUGUUCACAUAUGGUCUGUGAUAAUUAGUGCAAUUAUCAUGAAUUAUAUCUUCAUUGAUGGGAAGAGUAACUACUUCCAAGGAGCGAUGUUGUGCAUCGUGUACUUCAUGCUCCUGUCGAUGUACUUCUUCGCAGUGGACAAUACCACCGGUAGCUGCAUCCCAGGUUGAGUUAAUCUAGUUGCCAUAGUAACCAGAAAGAUGGCCACAGGUAUGCGUGUCUUUUUAAUGGUUUCCAUGGCAGCCAUGACAUCUUAAUAACGCUGAUCACUGCCAUGCUAGUGGAUCAGUUGUACUUAUUGGGCAUUGUAAAUGUUAAACUACGGAGCUUAUUGUGUGUAUAUAUUUUUUUUAGUGAUACUUAACUUUAAAAGAAAAAGGGACAAGAUUGUCUAUUAAUUUCCACUUAGUACUUAAAAGCAACCGGCCAAAAAGUGGUGUCAAGUUGAAGCAUAAGCAAACAAUUUGAUUGUAUUAUUUAGGAGACAUUGAGUGAAGACCGAGCAAGUCUUGUGGGGAUUUUGGUCUUGCUCAUAUUACUUUAACUUCUGAGGAAACAAAAUCGCGCACUUUAACGGACACGUCCGGAAAUAUGCGCGAUACUCUACAGACUAUUCGCAGAUGCAGCGUUUGUGAUGUCCUCGUACAAAUAUUUAUAAAAUCCAGGCCUGAUACGUCCCUGCACAGAGGCAAUUGCCUCAAUGCCCCUGGUCAUUGCCUUGGUGCCCCAUGAAAUGUUCCAGUACGAGGCCUGAUACAGUACUUCAUAGAGGCAAGAGGUCAUUGACUUAUUGCCCCUUGAAAUUUUCCAGUGUCAGGUUUGAUACUUCACAGAGGCAAUUGCCUCCAUGCCCCUGGUCAUUGACUUGUUGCCCCUUGAAAUGUUCCAGUGUCAGGUUUGAUGCUUCACUAAGGUAAUUGCCUCCAUGCCCCAGGUCUUUGCCUUGGUGCCCCAUGAAAUGUUCCAGUGUCAGGUUUGAUACUUCACAAAGGUAAUUGCCUCCAUGCCCCAGGUCUUUGCCUUGGUGCCCAAUGAAAUGUUCCAGUGUCAGGUUUGAUGCUUCACUAAGGUAAUUGCCUCCAUGCCCCUGGUCUUUGCCUUGGUGCCCAAUGAAAUGUUCCAGUGUCAGGUUUGAUGCUUCACUAAGGUAAUUGCAUCCAUGCCCAAGGUCUUUGCCUUGGUGCCCAAUGAAAUGUUCCAGUGUCAGGUUUGAUGCUUCACUAAUGUAAUUGCCUCCAUGCCCCAGGUCUUUGCCUUGGUGCCCCAUGAAAUAUUCCAGUACUUUUUUAUUUUUUCCUCACAGAGGUGCCAAUUUUGCCAUUACAAGACGACAUUCAAAGCCUGUAUUCCAUACUUAAAUUAGCCACUAACAAGAUGUCAAGCCUGUAGUCAAUACAUCUCUAUUAACUUUUACUUCUCUUUUGUUGUCGUCUCAAAGCGCAUAGAGAAGUCUCAAAGCGCAUAGAGACUUCUCUGUGAUUGUGAUAUGCGCUACACAAGAAUGGUUCAUUAGCCUAUAUGUAUUUUUAUUAUUACACAGCAUGAGCCACCAACACUAUGUAGAUACUGAAAUAAUAUUUGACUGUUCUAUUUAAGAAGCUCAGAGUUAAAUAAUAAAGUUUUUGUUGAUUAGGAUACGUAAAUAACAAUGCUUGGAAGAGUUGAGAUGGAAAAAAGAUAAAGACAGAAUUGAUCUUUUCACAGUACUUUGGAUAUUGGUGCUUGGUUUAUUAAAAAAAAAUUCCCAUCUCAUUUUAGUUUGUUUUGUACGUUUUUUCAAAUUCUUUCUCUAAUAUUUCCAGUUUUUGUUUCACAGUAUGUUUAAAGUCAUGGAUAAUUUUAAAAUUAUGCAACUAAUAUUAUAUGAUAUAAGUAUUUAUUAAUGAUAUUUUUUGUCUUUAAGCAAAGGAAGAUUUUUGUCUAAAAUUUUGUCUUUAUUUUUCAAAAACAAAUUAAGUAAAAUUAUAUGAAGUAUAGCUAUAAUUUCAUGUCAUGGAACAUAUUGGUGCUUCACUAUGAAAAUGUGUUUUAAUUUGAUAGGACUCCCACCCACUGUCUUACAUGUACCAUUCAAUAUCAUCCACUAUGGUUUUGAAUAGUAGAUAAACUACACACACACUUUAUGCCAGCCUGCAUCAUGAUAUUAUUUGGUGAAUGCAUUUACUCAGUACACAGUCAACCCUCUCACUGUUUGACCAUUCAAUAUCAUCCAAUGAUGUUUUGGAUGAUGAACUACAUUUGUAUGCCAGCCUGCAAUGUGAUACCAUUUGGUGAAUACAUCUACACAGUACAUAGUCAACCCUCUUACUGGUUUUGAAUGAUAAACUAUUCCAGGCUGCAAUGAUAUCUUGUGGUGAAAGCAUUAACACAG